AAAUGAGCGGUUUCGUCUGCUCCAUUAGUCUUAACUCUUAAGCAGCGAAUCCGAAAAAAAUAAUUAUUAUUGCUAGAUUUUUGUUGAUCUCUAAUAGCAAUUAUGACAGAUAGUGCCGAGGAGGAUGAUUACAUGUCUGAAGAAUUUUUGACGGCAUGUGUAAAGGAUGUCAGGCCAGGACUAGUUUUCAAGCAGAGCACCAAAAGGCAGUUCCAAAUUGAGGAACAACACCGCAGUGCAAACGAAAAAAUGAGAAAAUUGAACAAGCCUGUCAGAGUUUUGGAGGCUGAAAAGCGUGAAGAAGGGCUUAGCACAGCAAUAAGUAGUCAAAAUAAAGGUUUUGCCAUGUUACAAAAGAUGGGCUACAAUCCAGGCAAAGGCUUGGGAAAGACAGAAGAAGGUCGCGUGGAGCCUGUAGCCGUUGAAAUAAAGACCACGCGAGCUGGAUUGGGCAGAGAGGCUGCCGUGAAAGACAUACUACAAAGAAAGAUGACAAUGUUGCAGAACAGAAUCUCUAGCCAAAACAGUUCGACAAGUGUAACUGAAUUUAGAAACCGUAAGAAAGAUGAAGCUGUUCAGAAACUUAUUCUCAUUGAUUUGAGGAAGAGCCAACGGAUGUGUCAAGUUCUGGACGAAGAAAAGAACAUCCUGGAACCGGCCGAACUUUGGUUUUGGCCCCAAGUGGUCAAAGAUCCGGAAGAAUCUGAUCAAGAAGACAAAGAUGUUGAAGAAAAGGAAGAAGAACAACUUUUACCCGGUGAACAACUUGAGUUAAUCACAGCCUACCUCCGUCAAGUUCAUUGGUAUUGCACUUGGUGUGCAACGAAAUUUAAUGACGAUCAAGAUCUCACUUCCAGUUGCCCUGGUGCCACGCGAGAUGAACACUGAUAAAGUGGUUCAAAUGGUUUUUAUGUAAUUUAUUUGCAUAUGAAACGAAUAUUUUAAUUGUCAACAAAACUUUAAACAAAUAGCCUACACGUUUUUUUUUUUCACUUUGAAUGGAUACGGGUUCCAUAAGGUCUCAAAAUUAGUAGGAGCCUUUGUAAAAUGUUUUGUAGGAGUCCUCCUCUCUCUGCUCCAAAUAUUUUCUCAUGGUGUAUUUAUAUUUAGAUAAUUGUAACCAAUUGGUGAUUUCAUAUAAUGUAACUUUUGAAAAGCG